GUCACAUGACUUGAUAUCGGAGAAAAAAUAUCGCGGGAAAGUUGAUCGCGUCCUGCUCCUACCCGCCAAAUUUAAUCUUUGUUAGUGACAACACACGGUAUUAUCGUCUCUGCUAGAAUUUCAUCAAGAAUUCAAAAUGUUUGUCGUGAAGCGAGAUGGGCGAAAUGAGAAAGUUAUGUUUGAUAAAAUCACGUCAAGAAUUAGUAAACUAUGUUAUGGUUUGAAUAUGGAUUUUGUUGAUCCCACGGCCAUUACACUGAAAGUAAUCAGUGGUUUAUACCAGGGAGUGACAACAGUGGAGCUGGAUAAUCUAGCUGCUGAAACUGCGGCUACCAUGACAACCAAACAUCCAGAGUACGCCACUCUAGCAGCAAGAAUUGCCAUUUCCAAUCUACACAAAGAAACUAGAAAAGUAUUUAGUGAGGUUAUGGAUGAUUUGUAUCGUUGGGUAAAUCCUAAAACAGGAAAAUUAUCACCCAUGAUAUCUGAAGAUAUAUACAAUAUUAUGAUGAAAAAUGCUGAUAGAUUGAAUUCAGCCAUUAUAUAUGAUCGUGAUUUUGGUUACAACUAUUUUGGUUUUAAGACAUUGGAGAGAUCGUAUUUGUUAAGAAUUAGUGGAAAGGUUGCUGAGCGACCACAACAUAUGUUAAUGAGAGUUGCUGUAGGAAUACAUCAUGAAGAUAUUGAUGCUGCUAUUGAGACUUAUAAUUUAUUAUCGGAGAAAUGGUUUACACAUGCUUCACCUACAUUAUUUAAUGCUGGAACACCAAGACCACAAUUAUCAAGUUGUUUUUUGUUGACUAUGGCAUCUGAUAGUAUAGAGGGUAUUUACGAUACAUUAAAACAGACGGCUCUUAUAUCUAAAUCAGCAGGCGGUAUUGGUUUAAAUGUUCAUAAUAUCCGAGCUACUGGAAGUUAUAUUGCUGGGACAAAUGGAACAUCAAAUGGUUUGAUUCCGAUGUUACGAGUGUUUAAUAAUACAGCUAGAUAUGUUGAUCAAGGUGGUAAUAAGAGACCUGGAGCUUUUGCCAUUUAUCUAGAACCAUGGCACGCAGACGUCUUCGAGUUUCUAGACUUGAAGAAAAACACCGGAAAAGAAGAACAGAGAGCUAGAGAUUUAUUUUACGCUUUGUGGAUUCCUGAUUUAUUUAUGAAACGUGUUGAAGAAAAUGGAAACUGGACUCUGAUGUGUCCGCAUGAAUGUCCCGGUUUAGAAAAUGUCUGGGGUGAAGAAUUUGAAAAACUAUACGAAGGUUAUGAAAAGGCUGGUAAAGGAAGGAAGAUAGUAGCAGCUCAGAAGUUAUGGUUUGCUAUAAUAGAAUCUCAGACAGAAACAGGAACACCAUACAUGUUAUAUAAAGAUCAUUGUAAUAGGAAAUCAAAUCAACAGAAUCUUGGAACUAUUAAAUGUAGUAAUUUAUGUACAGAGAUCGUAGAAUACAGCGCACCUGACGAGGUAGCAGUGUGUAACCUGGCAUCCAUCGCUCUCAACAUGUACGUUAAACCAGAUAAAACAUAUGACUUCAAGAAGUUACGAGAAGUGACAAAAGUUGUUACCAGAAACUUGAAUAAAAUUAUAGAGGUUAAUUAUUACCCUGUUGACGAGGCCAAGAAUUCAAACAUGCGACACAGACCUAUUGGAAUUGGUGUGCAGGGUUUAGCCGAUGCUUUCAUUUUGAUGAGAUAUCCAUUUGAAAGCGAACAAGCCCAAGAACUGAAUAAAUUAAUAUUUGAAAAUAUAUAUUACGCUGCUUUAGAUGCUAGCUGUGAGUUAGCUGAGAAAGACGGACCAUAUUUAACGUACAAAGGCAGUCCUAUCAGUAAAGGGAUAUUACAGUUUGAUAUGUGGAAAGUAAAACCAUCUGGUACAUUAGAUUGGCAAUCAUUAAGAGACAGAAUAGCCAAACAUGGUGUUAGAAAUAGUUUAUUAAUGGCUCCCAUGCCAACAGCAUCAACAGCUCAGAUACUGGGUAAUAAUGAAGCUAUAGAAGCUUAUACUAGUAAUAUAUACACAAGACGAGUUUUAUCUGGAGAAUUUCAGGUUGUUAAUGGUCAUCUAUUGAGAGAUUUAACAGAUUUAGGAAUGUGGGAUGAUUCUAUGAAAAAUAGAAUUAUAUCAGAAGGUGGAUCAAUUCAGAAUAUUGAAGAAAUACCAGAAGAUUUGAAGAACUUAUACAAAACUACAUGGGAAAUAAGUCAGAAAACUGUUAUAAAAAUGGCUGCCGACCGAGGUGCUUAUAUUGAUCAGAGCCAGUCGUUGAAUAUUCAUAUUGCUGUACCCAAUUAUGGUAAACUAACCAGCAUGCACUUCUACACAUGGAAACUGGGUUUGAAAACUGGAAUGUAUUAUCUACGAACAAAGCCAGCUGCCAAUGCCAUCCAAUUUACUGUAGAUAAAUCUAAACUUAAUAAAACAAACACUCAAGAUAAGACUGUCAACGAAGAAGAUAAAACUGAAGAAGAUCAAAUGGCUGUUAUUGCCUGUUCAUUGGCUAAUAAAGACGAGUGUUUGAUGUGCAGCGGUUAGAUUCAGACUUUACCAAGAGUGAAAAAACUGACAAAACUUGAACAAACACUGAACAGGAUUUUAAUGUAUAGACUGGGACCAUGAUAUAAUGACUGACUAUUUAUCAGGAUCAUUGAGUUUGAUAUACAUCACGCAGAAAGUCAGUGGUUCUUUGCAGCCUUAGUGAAUUUUUUUUAAGUGCUAUUAAGGGGUAUUUAGGGUAAGAUUAGAUAAAGAGCUAACAGUUUGAGUUAUCGCUAUGUUAGCUUAAAAAAAAGAUAAUGAAAAGAGAGUAUGCUGAAUUUUUUUGUCAAAUUGCUUCACUCUGAACUGAGAAAUUACAUGAAUAAGGAAACAGAAUUCUGUUUAUGUAUUUAUUUAAUUAUUAUUACUUGUAUAAGAAACAAGGGUUCUGUAUUGAGUAUUUGGUUGAUUGCAGUAUCCAUAAAUUAAUAAAAACCAUACUGUUAAAUAGAUGUAUAUUCAGGCACUCCUAACAAUUUGUUUCACUUAAUGCAUUUAUCACAAGUUGAAAAAGUAUUGUCCAAUUAAUGUAUAUUUGAUAUCUUAAAGACCAAGCACUCCAACAAUUUAUUUAACAUUGCAUUUAUUAGAUGUAAAGAUGUGCUAUUUUAUGUAUAUUUGUAAGAUAUUUUAUGUAAUCAUUAUGUGAUUGUAUUGUACUAUAAUCAGUGUAAUCAUCAGCUCUUCACUGCCAGCUAUUGUAUAAUUGAUACCUAUAUCAUCACUUGUUAAUAUAUAUAUAUACUAUGGGUUAAUAAAUACUUUAACC